UAUUAACAUAGACAGUGCCUUUGUAUGAAAAUGUGAGUAUAAAGGACGUGAAAAGAAUUGCGUUCGUCUCAAUAUUUCUGUCCUGUCAUCACACCAUCUCAUCCCAUCAUCAUUGCAACAUCCCACCGGGCCAAUCGCACAACUCUAUCUCAUAACCUACAUCACAACACAAACGUUGAAAGUUUACAACAUACAUCAAAAUGCGUUUCCAGAUCACCUUCGUUGUUCUUGCUACCUACGCCGCCUCUGUCAUGGCUGGAGCCUGCGAGGAUUGCCAGAGGACUUGCCCCAAGCCCAGUGAGGCCGAGUGCAACACUUUCUGUGCUCCCACCUGCAACGGAAAGCGAUUCGUCGCAUAAGUGGCGCCUUGCACAUGAUUCUGGGGAGGUUAGACAGAAGAUAGUAUUUUAGUAAAAUACGCACACCUCACUUUCAAACGGGACUUUUGGUGACGUAUAGUGUCGUGAGGACUAUUGCGGGUUUUGUCAGGGCGCUUCGCUGGCAAACAGUGACUGCGUGCGUGAUUACAUCUACCCAAAAAAACAAGCGACC